AUGGCAAUGAAAGACAUAUGGUGCGAGUACUGCGAGUAUAGUUCUAUUCACGGUCUUCGGCACGUCGUCCAGAAAGAUGCUAAGCCGUGGGAAAGGGUCACUUGGGCGCUAUUGUUAGUGGCUGCCAGUUUGGCCAUUUUGGUGCUGCUCAACGUUUCGUGGAAAAAGUACGUGCACUCGCCUAUGCAAAUCGUAGUCGACGACCCACGUUAUCCGCUAAGCAAAAUCGACUUUCCCGCCAUCACUAUAUGUUCCAUCAACAAGAUAAUGUACUCCAAGGUCAACGCAUUAAUCAGUACGUUUACGAAUGACACCGAAUUGGGAAAAAAGUACAUGAACUCGUUCCGAGCAAUGUCGAUAUUACGGUUCCCGUUUUACAACGAAGCUGUUUACUUCAUACGAAAAUAUCCCACUGUUAAUCUACCUUUAGAUCAAAUUACUACCAUGAUGUUGCAAUUGAAACCCUCCAUCAAUGAAAUGUUUAAAAAAUGUUAUUGGAGAGGAACCAAUUACAACUGCACGGACCUCCUUCGGUUGCAGCGCACCGAAGAGGGGUAUUGUUACUCGUUUAACAGCAAAACGGCCGAGAGAAGUAUAAACGAUAGUGACAUAACACCGCCGGAGUCUAAACCGGACGGAAGCUUGGUACCGCUCAGGAACAAUGCUGGAGGUAAAGUCACCGGAUUCGAAGUCGUCAUGAAUGAUAUGGACAAGGAAUAUAUACCUGACGACCUUCGACCCAGAGGAUACAAUGUAAUUGUGCACACACCCGAUGACUUUCCGGAUGUUUCGGACAGCUACAAACUAUACCAAGGGAUCAAUAAGGUAUCGCAGCUGUCGGUAUCGGUGAGCAAAGUUAGUGCGGACAAGUCGCUAUACCGGCUCUCCGAAGACCGUCGCAAUUGUGUUAUGCACAAAGACCAUUUGGCAGAUCAAGGGAUCAUAUCGCAGCAUGGCAGCAGCGACAGCGAAAAUAACUGCAAGAGCAGAUGCCGGUUGAAGACCAUCUUCCAAAUAUGCAAUUGCACGCCGUACUUCUACAAUACUAACAAGAAAAACGUGACUCAGUGUGGGAUACAACAUAUGGCAUGUCUAAGAAAAAUCAACGUACUUCAGCGCAAUACCCAGCCUUUGAAAGACCAACCGGGGUUUCCCAAAUGGAGUAUUCCGGUGUACAUGAACUGCAGCUGUCCGCAACCGUGUUCAUUUCUUACUUAUACAACGGAGAUCAGAAACAAAAUAAGGGAAUACGUGGACACGAGCAGGCUGAGCGAGUUCAUCGGCCCGAUAUACUUAGAUUUUCACUUCAAAGAACACUUUGCCAUUAGUUACAUCCGAUCCAUGAAGUACAACACACAGGAUUUGUUGGUGUCGUUUGGAGGAGUCGCUAGUCUCUUUCUAGGCUGCAGUUUGGUCAGCUUAAUAGAAAUAAUGUAUUUCAUAUAUAAAUCCAUUUUGGUCCUGAGACAAAAACCGAUGGACCCAAAGAAGGACAAUGACCCCUUACAGCAGGUCCUCUUCUACCGUCGAUACCAUCACUCGUGCCAUCUCAGGAAACCUCUCUACAGGAUACCUCAGCCGGUCAACAUCAAAUCGUCAGACAACCAGUUUUACUAUUGAGACUUACCAAAUUUGCACAUUUUAAAACAAUUUGAAACACUAAUUGACACACUCAUAAGGGAUAGAAUCGUAGUGACUCAAUAUAAUAUGCAACCUUAGUCAUUUUAUUACUAGACUUAGUAAUGAUUAGUUCAUCAUUGUUGUAUCAGUAGAAAUAAAACAAUUAUACAAUACGAGUAUGGUUUAA